CAUCGCGCCAACAUCACAUCGCAUCGCACCAACAUUGCAUCGCAUCGCACCAACAUUGCAUCGCAUCGCACCAGCAUCGUAUCAUCGAGUUUUUGUACUACAAGUAUGGUCUUUACUUUAUGCUGCACACCCUCAUAAUUUGCAGAAUCCAUACUGGGGAGCCAGAGGAUACACACCUCCCCCGGGCCCCCUAUCUCCCGAUCUUCCCAUGCCAUUACCAGAGGACCCCUUCACCGAUUCAAUGACACCACACCUUCAAUGGUUCCCGCAACAACGCGCAUAUAUGCAGCCUGCACAGCAUAGUAACCAGUAUUUGCUCGAACACUGCAAAACAUUAGAACUUCAAAUCGUGAAAUUGACUAGCGAACGCGACACGCUCAAAUCGAUGUUUCAACAACUUUCAAGCGCUGUUCGGCUGCAUCAAACGGACUCGCUCGACCUUGACUGUACCCUCAUUUCCUCAGUUCCAGCUACUGCUAACCGGCCAACUCGCGUCACCCAUCCGAAGAUUCGGUUUUGGACCAAUGACGACUUCUUAGGAUGGCUGGAUUCUCCCGACGGCCGUCGAGCUGACCGCGGGAAAGUGCCGUAUCUCGAGGAUGAGAACGGUGAUCCACUUACCGACCCGAUAGUCAAGUCUAUCCGGAAACUUCUUCGUGGUGCUUGGGCGGAGCUCGUCAGACGCAAACUUGCUCCGAAGACGUGGGGUAAAGCAACUGCGACUGCAAGGCAAAUUGUUCACACCCUGAUGGAGAACUCACAUCCAUUGUUCAAGUUCGCUGACGACGGUUGGAAGCUCGACUAUCUCAUGAGCACGUCGUAUUCUGCGUGGCGAAGAAACCACGUUGAUGAUGACGACAAUGACGAGGACGAGAGUAGCGGGGGCAAGAAGCGUAAACAAUUGAAGAACGCUCUCAAGUCUGAAGUCCCCGACAAAAAACUAAAAGUCGACCCUACCGUGAAUAUCCUGCCUUCGACGCCAGACUCUCUCUUGGCAUCAUCGCCUACUAUGCCUAACUCGUUAGCUGCCGAGUCUAUGCUACUGCUAUCCAGGUCUCACCCUACCACCCCUUCUCGAGCGCCGUCUCCAACAAUUCGUUUGUCUCCGAUAUUACUGCCCAACAAUCCCAAUUCUCGGCAGCUACCAGCUAUACCACCUGCUUCUCCGGAGUUUAUUGUAGCGGAGAAGGAGAAUAUUCCUCCACCAACGCCUGAUCCUAUUGCACCGCCAAUUAAAAUUAUAAUGACUAAUUCACUUUCUACGCUUGCGCUAGCUGCUGUCGGCACACUGAUCCCACCACUCCCACCCUCCAUCGAUCCUCCUCUCAAGGCUCCUCUAGCAAAUGACAGCGCUGAUUCGAAGGGUAAAAAAGGCAAGGCCGACGACUUCGCAAGCGGCAAGGGCACCAGUAAAACUAGCAAGAAGAUGCGUCCAAGCCCAACUAGAAACGGACGCAAUCUGUGUGCUCUUCGCUGGCUCAAGCAAAUCAAAACCGACGGGACAACAGAAGAGUUUUGUUUGUAUUACGUGGAUCUCACUGCAGAACAGCACAAGAAUUAUGAUGACGAGGCAUCUGCGCUAGUUGCCAGCAACACUUGGGUGAAGAAUGUUUGCGAUGGAGCAAUGCACUAGUAGACACUCGACGUUCCCGCACCUCCUUUCGAUUCGACCUGCUUUCGACAUUCCCGCACCUGCUUUCG